UUUUAAACGCCAAUAUUCUGAGAAUAACCUUCAUAUGUCAUUGAAAUGUCAUCUCGACGUUUGUUAUCAGUGACAUUGUUAAAUUCAAACCAGUUCAGGAAAAGUUUUGCGGUAAAUAGCAUUGAACUUUACGCAACGAAAAUGGAGCCAAAAGUGAAUUUACUCGAGGAUCCAGCCUUUAAAAAGCUACAGGAAUACUACAAUGCUAAUGGCCAAAAAAUCAACAUUUCACAACUCUUUCAGCAGGACAGCGAUCGAUUCAAUAAAUUCAGCUUACAUAUUCCAACACCUGCCGAUGGUGAGAUUCUACUGGAUUACUCAAAGAACAGAGUAGAUGAUAAUGUCUGGAAACUUCUGCUUGACCUGGCAAAGAGCCGUAAUGUGGAGAAAGCCCGGGAUGCCAUGUUCUCUGGUGAGAAGAUCAACUUCACGGAAGACCGUGCGGUACUGCACAUCGCCCUGCGCAACCGCCAGAACCGGCCGAUCCUGGUCGGCGGCAAGGACGUGACGCCCGACGUCAACGCCGUCCUCGCGCACAUGAAGGAGUUCACGCAGCAGGUCGUCAGUGGUGCUUGGAAGGGUUACACGGGCAAGUCGAUAACGGACGUGAUCAACAUCGGCAUCGGCGGCUCCGACCUCGGCCCGCUGAUGGUCACCGAGGCGCUCAAACCCUACGCCAACCAUCUUAAGGUCCACUUCGUGUCCAACAUCGACGGCACGCACCUGGCGGAGGUGCUCAAGCGGCUGAACCCGGAGACGGCGCUGUUCAUCAUCGCAUCCAAGACCUUUACCACGCAGGAGACCAUCACCAACGCCACCUCCGCCAAGAACUGGUUUCUGCAGGCUGCCAAGGAUGAGUCGGCGGUGUCGAAGCACUUCGUGGCGCUAUCGACGAACGCAGAGAAGGUGACGGCGUUCGGCAUCGACCCCAACAACAUGUUCGGCUUCUGGGACUGGGUCGGCGGCAGGUACUCCCUAUGGUCAGCGAUCGGUCUGUCGAUCUGUCUGCACGUGGGCUUCGACAACUUCGAGAAACUGCUAGACGGCGCCAGCUUCAUGGACAAACACUUCACCACCGCGCCCUUGGAGAAAAACGCGCCAAUAAUCCUCGCGCUGCUGGGCGUGUGGUACAGCAACCUGUACGGCGCCGAGACUCACGCGCUGCUGCCCUACGACCAGUACCUGCACAGGUUCGCGGCGUACUUCCAACAGGGCGACAUGGAGAGCAACGGCAAGUACGUGACGCGGGGCGGCGCGCAAGUCGGCUACAGCACCGGGCCCGUCGUGUGGGGCGAGCCCGGCACCAACGGCCAGCACGCCUUCUACCAGCUGAUACACCAGGGCACCAGACUGAUCCCGUGCGACUUCAUAGCGCCGGCGCAGUCGCACAACCCGAUAUCCGGCGGCGUGCACCACAAGAUCCUGCUCGCCAACUUCCUCGCGCAGACCGAGGCGCUCAUGAAGGGCAAGACAGAGCAGGAGGCUAAAGCGGAGCUGGAGAAGAGCGGUAUGUCCGGUGAGGCGCUGGCCAAGAUCCUGCCGCACAAGGUGUUCCCCGGCAACAGACCCACCAACUCCAUCGUCGUCAGGAAACUCACACCCUUCACACUCGGUGCACUCAUAGCGAUGUACGAGCACAAGAUCUUCACUCAGGGUGUGAUCUGGGACAUCAACUCGUUCGACCAGUGGGGCGUGGAGCUCGGCAAGCAGCUGGCGAAGGCCAUCGAGCCCGAGCUGCAGGACUCCGCCCCCGUGUCCACCCACGACGCCUCCACCAACGGACUCAUCAACUUCCUCAAACAGAACUUCUAAACUGCUGCUAAGGUGCCAACGAGGAAAUUGAUUCCUAGGCAGUUGACGGACCUACGUUUGGUCGGCUUAUGUCAAUUCAAUGUUAGCUGUGGUCAGAUGGGUUUGACAACGCGACCAAAUUUCUUAGGUCCGCCAUCUGCCUAGGAAUCAACUUCUCUGAUAGUAUGUCCGCACUAGGCGUAACUAUGUAGCAAAGCGACAAAAAUCAAAAUAUUCUUUAUAUAAAGUUGUACGCC